CGAGCCCCUGGCGCCUCGCUGGGCCUUAGGCGCGGCUCGGACGGCGGCGCGGUCUCUCCCCGCUCGGGCAGGCGAGCGGAGAAGGAGAGCCGAGGCGAAGGAAGAAGCAACUGCCGCCUACCGGCGCAGGCCGAGCGCGAAUCUUUCUCGGUGCGGGAAGAACGGCUGGCGCAGUCCGGGUGGUUCUUUCUCUUACCCCUGAGCUUGGGGUAACUUGCCUGCCCGCCUCCGAGAGUCUGGAGAAAACCUCGGCACGGAGCAGCAGCGCGAGCGGGGAGCUGCCGUGGCAGUUUGAGAAAGGGAGAUGUGAACGCUCUCCUCAUGGACAGAAGGAGAUUCUCUUCCUUCUCUCUCAAGGGGAAUACUUUGAACAGAACAUAAAGAUAUCAUGGCCUGCCUUACAAUGACAGAGAUGGAAGAGACAGCAUCGUCUACUAUUCACCAGAAUGGUGGCAUCAUUGGCAAUCCAUCCAUUUCUAGACAAAUGGAGCCACUCUUUCAGGUUUAUCUUUAUCAUUCCCCAGGAAAAACUGAAGGCAAUUAUCUGCAAUUUCCAGCUGGGCAGUAUGUUGCUGAAGAGAUCUGUGUUGCUGCUUGUGAGGCUUGUGGUAUCCUGCCAGUGUACCACAACAUGUUUGCAUUAAUGAAUCAGACAGACCGAAGCUGGUAUCCUCCAAAUCAUACCUUCCAAAUAGAGGGAUCAGCAACUCUCACUGUACUAUACCGAAUAAGGUUUUAUUUUCCACACUGGUAUUGCAGCAGCAAUAAGCGAGCGUAUCGGUAUGGAGUUUCCCGAGGCACAGAGAAUCCUGUCCUUGAUGAUGUUGUCAUGUCCUAUUUGUAUGCUCAGUGGCGAGAUGAUUUUGUCCAUGGUUGGGUAAAGAUGCCUGUUACUCACGAAUCACAAGAAGAAUGUCUUGGCAUGGCUGUUCUUGAUAUGAUGAGAAGAGCUAAAGAAACGGACCAAACUCCAUUAGCCAUCUACAAUUCUAUGAGCUACAAACUGUUUUUGCCCAAAUGCAUCAGAGAGAAAAUCCAAGAUUAUCAUAUUCUAACACGAAAGAGAAUACGAUACAGGUUCCGCAAAUUUAUUCAGCAGUUUAGCCAGUGCAAAGCAACUGCCAGAAACUUGAAACUGAAGUAUCUCAUUAAUUUGGAGAACCUCCAGUCUGCUUUCUACUCAGAAGUAUUUGAAGUAAAGGAGCCUGGGAAAGAACCUUCAGAGGAAGAUGGUUUUGCAACCAUUAUUAUAUCUGGAAAUGAUGGGAUUCGGUGCUCCAGAGGGAGACACAAAGACUGUGAAGAACUGGCGGAACAAGACAUACAAUCCUACUGCGAUUUUCCUGAUAUUAUUGAUGUCAGUAUUAAGCAAGCAAGCCAGGAAGGCUCUGGUGAGAGUAGAAUUGUAACCAUUCACAAGCAAGACAGCAAGAAUCUGGAAGCUGAAUUUCAUUCAUUAAGAGAUGCUCUUUCCUUUGUUUCAUUAAUUGAUGGAUACUAUAGAUUAACUGUAGAUUCUCAUCAUUAUCUCUGUAAAGAAGUAGUACCUCCUUCAGUUCUUGAAAAUAUCCAGAGCAACUGCCAUGGGCCAAUUUCCAUGGACUUCGCAGUCAAUAAACUGAAGAAAGCCAACAAUCAAACUGGCUGUUAUGUUCUUCGUUGCAGUCCAAAGGAGUUUAAUAAGUACUUUCUUACUUUUGCAGUGCAGCAAAAUGGCAUUGCUGAUUAUAAGCAUUGCUUGAUAACGAAAAAUGAGAAUGGAGAGUAUAAUCUCACUGGAACUAGAAGAAAUUUUACAAACCUCGUGGAUCUGUUGAAUUGUUAUCGAACAGAAACUGUCCGAUCAGAUAAUAUAGUUUUCCAAUUUACUAGAUGUUGCCCUCCAAAGCCAAAAGGUAAGUCCAACCUUCUGGUCUUCAGGAGCAAUGGAGCCUCUGAUGUGCCAACAUCACCCACUUUGCAGAGGCAGAAUAAUGUCAACCAGAUGGUUUUUCACAAAAUCCGGAAUGAAGACCUGGUCUUUACUGAAAGCCUGGGGCAGGGCACCUUCACCAAGAUAUCCAAAGGUAUAAGGAAAGAAGUAGGAGAUUAUGGGAAGCUGUAUCAGACUGAAGUCCUGCUUAAGGUUCUGGAUAAAGUACACAGGAACUACUCAGAGUCUUUCUUUGAAGCAGCAAGCAUGAUGAGCCAACUUUCUUACAAGCAUUUGGUAUUUAAUUAUGGAGUGUGUGUCUGUGGAGAUGAAAAUAUUCUGGUACAGGAGUAUGUAAAAUUUGGAUCACUGGAUACAUAUUUGAAGAAGAAUAAAAGUUCUAUAAACAUCUUGUGGAAACUGGAGGUUGCAAAGCAGCUGUCAAUGGCAAUGCAUUUUCUGGAAGAUAAAGGCCUAAUUCAUGGGAAUGUAUGUGCAAAAAAUAUCUUGCUUAUCAGAGAAGAAGAUAGGAAGUCCGGGAACCUUCCUUUUAUCAAGCUUAGUGAUCCUGGUAUCAGCAUCACAGUUUUGCCAAAAGACAUUCUUCUUGAAAGAAUACCCUGGGUUCCACCUGAAUGCAUUGAGAAUCCCAAACAGUUGAGUUUGGCAACAGACAAGUGGAGUUUUGGGACCACUCUGUGGGAGAUCUGCAGUGGCGGAGACAAGCCUCUUAGUGCACUGGAUUCUCAGAGAAAACUACAGUUUUAUGAAGAUAGGCACCAGCUUCCUGCUCCCAACUGGACAGAACUGGCAAAUCUUAUAAACAACUGUAUGGAUUAUGAACCAGACUUCAGGCCUUCUUUCAGAGCAAUUAUACGUGAUCUUAACAGUUUGUUUACUCCAGAUUAUGAGCUUUUGACAGAGAACGACAUGUUGCCAAACAUGAGAAUUGGUGCGCUUGGAUUUUCUGAGGCCUUUGAAAGCAGGGACCCAACAUAUUUUGAAGAGAGACACCUCAAGUUCUUACAGCAACUUGGCAAGGGUAAUUUUGGCAGUGUGGAGAUGUGCCGCUAUGACCCACUGCAGGACAACACAGGGGAAGUGGUGGCUGUUAAAAAGCUGCAGCACAGCACAGAGGAACACUUGCGAGACUUCGAGAGAGAAAUAGAAAUUCUCAAAUCUCUGCAACAUGACAACAUUGUCAAGUACAAAGGAGUGUGCUACAGUGCUGGCCGGAGAAAUCUCAAGUUGAUAAUGGAGUACUUACCCUAUGGAAGUUUACGUGACUAUCUUCAGAAGCACAAGGACUGCCUGGAUCAUAAGAAACUCCUGCAGUAUGCUUUUCAGAUAUGUAAGGGUAUGGAGUACCUGGGUUCUAAAAGAUAUGUACAUAGAGAUCUAGCAACACGGAAUAUCCUGGUGGAGAAUGAAAACAGAGUUAAAAUUGGAGACUUUGGCUUGACAAAAGUUUUGCCACAGGACAAAGAAUACUACAAAGUAAAGGAACCAGGAGAAAGUCCAAUAUUUUGGUAUGCUCCAGAAUCACUGAUGGACAACAAGUUUUCUGUGGCCUCAGACAUGUGGAGCUUUGGGGUAGUCCUGUAUGAACUUUUCACAUAUAUAGACAAGAACAAAAGCCCCCCAACGGAGUUCAUGCGCAUGAUUGGUAAUGAUAAGCAAAACCAGAUGAUUGUGUUCCAUUUGAUAGAGCUUUUGAAGAAUAAUGGAAGGCUGCCGAGACCUGAUGGAUGUCCUGAUGAGGUUUAUGUCAUCAUGACAGAGUGCUGGAACAAUAAUACAAGCCUGCGGCCCUCUUUUAAGGAUCUUGCUCAGAGAGUGGACCUCAUAAGGGAGAGCUUGGGUGGAUGAAAGUGUUCCAGUUCAUCCAGAGGGACACAUUGACAUGCGUAACAGAUGCAUUUUCUUCUUUGGGUGGUUGGCCUUCCCUUCACACAUUCAUCUUCAAGGACUAAAGCCUAGAGCCGAAAGGGAAAGCAUCCCAUCAGAACUUGCACAUGAUGGUGAAGGACUUGAUGAUGCACCGAUAGAAAGCACUUUGACUGUAAAAGACAUUGCUUUUUUAAGCAAAAUAGUGUAAAAUGUGUUCUGUCAGUACCACCGUGAUUUACCUAAUAGGCAGUUGCAAAAAGAAGUUGCCAACCAGGGAAAUGAUUAAUGGAUGAGAAGACUGGAUGAAGAAUAGGUCUACAUAAUUUCCUUUGAAGUCAUCACUGAGUUGAAAGUAAUUUAGGCUACAAUCCUGUAUCCACUUACCUAUAAGCAAGCCCUGCUGACUUCAGUGGAAUUUACUUUUGAGUAGACAAGUGUGGGGUUGUGCUAUUAAGUUGCAGCUGACCUGCAGAAUUUAUAUAUGACCUGAAACAACUGAGGUUCUGUUCCAGCACAGCUGCGGAAAGGUUUCACAUUCCCAGUUGCACCACUUUCAAGAGGAGCAAAUAUUUGCACUUAAACUGAACAAUGCAGAUGGACAUCCAGAGUCACCUUGUGCCAGUCACCGUCAUGAUCACUGUGCAUUGCUACUUCCUCUUGCACUCCUGCAUUUCACACUCACACCCCUGCGACUUGUGCUCAUCCUGCCUGCUAUAAAGGGUGAUCAUGUACCAGAUAAGGCUAAUUUUCACCUAGUUCAGAUACGUGUUCCCUUGCGUAAAUGUGCAUUUUUUUAGUUGUGUGUAGUCGCAUAAUUUUCAAAGAGAUUUAAAUUUUUCAAAUGCAAUCCUAAGUGUAGCAGAGAAGCCACUCGUAGCGAGAGGAGAAAAUAACGGUGACUUUCAGGGAGACAGCCUUUGUGUCACAGAAAAGUCAGUUGCUGUGCCAGCCUUCCAGGUUAGAGAGGCUCAGUUGCGAAAGGAAUGCAGCUUGCGCACCAUCAGUGAGCCAGCCUGAGUGGCGAUGGGCCACAGCCCAGGGAGCCCGCCAAAUGCAUGUUAACCUUUUCUGCAAAGAAGGAAGAGUGGCUCGGCAUCCUUUUUCACUGCAUUGCGCAAGGGCUCGUGUCCUAUGAAUGGGGUUUCGUAGUUUUUAUAUUGUCAAAGCACGAUGGCUUCACACGAUGCUGUAGAGUAAGUCAGACUUUUUCAAAAUAGUUGCUUGAACAACUUUCUGUGUGCCUGUCUGAGCCAAUCAGUGGCCAGCAAUAGAAGCAGCAAUGCAUGUUGAGGCAGUGUGAUGUACUGUAAAUAUUUUGAAGGGACGGGAACAAAUAAGAGGAUAUAUAUAUUUUUAAACACUUGCUGAAAGCUGCAUUUUGGGAUGAACACAUACAUAACAGUCUAUUUUCCUACAUGUGUACUCUGGGUGUUGUUCUGCUCUGUCCAUGUCUCCUAAAGGUACAAGCCGCUGAACUCCCGCGUAGCAAGCAGCUUACUAUAUUCCGAUGCGAAACUUCAUUAGCCUUGCCAACCCUGUCAGAUGCUGCAGUUUUCCCUGCUGCCUUGUUAAGUUUUGCAACCAGAAACGGAAGUCAUGCCUCCGAUAUUGCAAAGAGCAAAUGCAGCCAAUCUGUUCGCACUAUUUACCUUUAGGUUAUUUGGCUGUGUGUAACUGCAGCGAUGUGAUACUGCCUGCUCAAUGUCACACAGCCUCAAUUGUGAACUAAAUUUAAAGAUUACUGCAACUCCUUGCAUACCAGGCUCAGUGGCACAAAUUCCUGUUUGUUGGCCUAAGAAGGUGGGUAGUACUGAACAGCAGUCACAUCAGGAACUCUCAUUGGUCUUGAUUUGGAUGUCGGCUGUUUACAAAUAGUUCGGUGGAAGCAAAGUACACUGGAUAUUUCACCUCAUCCCACCACUUGCCCUUGGUUUAGAUCCAGAGUAGGGAACUUGUGGUCCUCUAGAUAUUUUGACCUACCUGCCAUGAGUUCUCACCAUUGGCAAGGCUAGCUAGGACUAAGCAGAAUUGUAGCCCAAAGCAUGGUGGGAGACACAAGUUGGCCAUCCUUUCUUUAGAUGUUUAAAAGCUAGGGAUUCAUCUCUGGCAAAUUUGUGUUCAGAUACAGGUCCUUACUUCCCAAAUUCAAAGGAGUAAUUGGGUGAAAGAAGUUGCUCUUCACUCUGGGAAUGGGAUGAAAACUUGAAGUGUACUUUGGCUUUUGCAGAAUGUGGCUGAGAUGGCAUCUGUGCCAUACAACCCUAGUUAGUUUAUUUACCUACCUCAAACAUGGAAGAGGAUGCAGUGAUGUAAGUUUUGUAUAGGAUUAAAUAGUACCUCAAAAUGUUGCAGAGGUUCAUCUUGUCAGUGCCAGACUAAGAAUGUUUUGUGUCACAGUGGGACCUGGAGUAUCUGCUGGCUUUGAUGUGCUCAUGAUGCUCCUGUUCCACAAUGCAAAUGCUUCCACAUUCUGUCUUACAAGCAGGUGUGUCUUAUGUGCACUUCUGGCAAUCCAUGUGCAUGCAGAACAAUUUAGUUUGUAGGAAGAGAUAGGAAUCCCCUUCAUGAAAGAGGUCCCAGUAUCUAUCUUGAAAACUUUUAUUAGGUGAAACCUUUCUUUUGUUUUUAAGAGAGUUGUGCCAAACAGGAUGGAAUGGGGACAGAAUCUGGGGGUCAAAAUUAUAAGUAGUUAUAUUUUAUGAUAGGCUUCAGCAGUUCAAAAAUUUCAAAUAAUUAGCAUUAAUAGGACAGUUUCCCAAUGUAUAUUUUUGAUUGCUUUGAAGCUGAUUUUGAAAUCUAUUGUAAAGUAAAUGUCUUUUGCUUUUGUAGAAUAUUAUGUAUAUGGGUUUUGUUUAAGUUCCUCGUUAACCAAAAUAACUGUAGCAUAAGGUUUAAAGCAACUUUAGGCAUCAGGGUAAACAGUGCAGCAAUCCAGCAGUAACAGAAAUACAUUUUCUAUUUGAUCAAGGAUGUCAUGUCCCAUGUUAAAAGAAAAAAGAAAAACAACCUCAGGGAAUUUUGUGAAAUGCAAUUAAGAGAUCUUCCAUAGUGUUGUGGAGUUUUUUGUGAAUAAAAAAAUCUUUGUUCAGUAUGGCAUAAUAGGGUUGAGUUGUAUUCUAAUAUCCUAAACAUGAUCACAAGAGGUUAGGCUUUUGCAUUUCUGUAUUUUAGGUAUUCGAAAAAGGAUGUUUAAAAAUAUGCCAUUGUGAGUUUUUGAGGCUGUAAUCUUCUGCACACUUUGAUUUUAGCGGACUUGUUUCUAAGAGAUGUAUAGAAUUGUCUGUCAAAAAGUUAAGUUUUAUUGUACUUAGAGUUCAUGAUUCAUGUUGCUGGGCAGGAGACUAAGUUUGCAAUUCUGGAUGGAACAGUCAAGAAGGUGGUAUGUGAAACUUACUACUAAAGUUUUUGGCUUGGAUUCAGUGGAGCCCUAGUAGGAGUGGAAGGUACAUCUGCUCAUGCAAGGGUGGGGUCUCUGAUUUCUUCCAGUCCUCCACCCCGUUACAGCCACCCAUGCUACAUCAAAUGCUGUUCUAGAGAGUUGCCACCACAGCGAGGAGUAGGGGAACUCCAUUCUUGGAUCUAUUUGGAUGCUUUUUUCCUAUAAGUGGAGCAUAUUGGAGACCUGUAGUUUAGAAUCCUUCAACCUGCUGAAGCUGUGUGACUGCUUGAAGUUUAGGAGUUAGAAUAUGAUCAAAAUAUAGGUUACCUUUUAGGGAACUGAGCAUUCAGCCCUGUGAAUUUGGCAACAGUGCUUUCAUGUGUGCCUGGAGACUUUGCCAAAGUAUUUCUGGCUGUGUACCUUUGUACUUUUGAGGGUUCCCUCAUUUCAAGGAGGCACAAGUGGCUCCCACAGAGGCCCUCACACCUCUGAGUGUUCGAGAUCUUCAGUUCAACUGUGACUUAGAGCCACUAAUGUUGGCUGUCCACAUCAUUCAAGAGCAGUGAUAAUACCAAAUGUACCUUUAAACAAUCAAUACACUACAGAAAGCUCUGUUCACUAUGAUGGUAAUUCUGGACAUAGUUAUUACCUGACAUUGCAUUAUUUGAUCAGUGUAUUAACAGAAGCAGUUAAACAUUAUUUUCCUUUUCCACAGCUGUCAUUCAGUUACCACCGUGUUUUGUUUAUCAUGAUACCAAAAAUUGCUGUGGAAAAAUUGCUACACAUAUGGGAGUGCUGCUCUUGAGUAAAGUGAAAAUUUUAUCUCAACUACUGCUUUUUAGAAUUUUUUUAAAAAACAAAACUACAAUUUUUAUAUAAAUAGAUUAUAUAUCGUGAAACAUUUCUCAGAUCUCUCUUUUUUAAUGUCCUACUUUAACUGGUCUGUGGUCCAUUAUAAUGAAUUUCAAAAUAACUUGCUUUUAAUAUGUUCCAGAGAAUGGAAACAGUCACCUGUUAAGCAUCAGAGGGCAAGUUUACAUAAAGCUGUGGCCUGAACAGAAAACCAUGAAAUGAAUAGCUGGUCUUGAUUUUGUACAAAUUGCAAUUGAUAAAGCCCUUCCAGUGUUUGGGCACUUGCUACUGUAUAUUGCUGUACCAAGAUAUUAAAUAUUUUUUAAAAUC